AUCUUUGAUGUGUAGCCACAGUGCUAACAGGUCUAACGGCCCCCCUUAAGGAAGACAGUGUUUUACCUUCAUCUGUCUCAGACUCAGUCCCAGCGGCACCAAGUAGCUUUGGCUGCUCCUAAUCCUUCCCCCCACCUCUCUGCAAUUAUAUGUAGCCCUGGGUGACAAUUACUACCAUUCAUCCCUUCCUUUGCCCGCCUCCUUCUGGGUUAAAAUGACAUGCUCUUUCAGAGGAGUUGCUCUAAUGAUAUAAUUACUCAGGCUCAGCCACCUUCCUACAGCACUCAGGCAUGGACUAUCCCUUCAGUGCUGAUUUACUUCAAAACACCUCACCAGCCCGCUGGGCAGACUUUUAAAAUUGCUCUGUGGCGUAGUUUAGUCUGGAGUUCAGGUGUGAUAUUUUCAUGUUUGUUUUGUUUUUGUUUUUUGAUUUGUGGAGCCGUCUCUCAGUGCAGACAAGCCCUGAAAGCAAAAACAAAAGCCAACGAUUUCCUGAUAACGUCUUGUGAAAGUGCCUCAUCUGCUGCUGAUUGUCAGGCGCAGCCAUCCGGUGGUAGUGAUCUAACUUUGCUGCACUUCCAGGGUGCAUGUUGUACAGCGUGUCUGUUGCUGACCCCACCCUGCAGCCUGGGUGUUGGGUGAAAAGACACAGUAGGAUCCUUGUGCCAGGUUAAGAGCACACACACACUGACAGAGAGCACCUUUCUCGUAAGCUUGUGUGAAGCCCAAAGCAUACCUUUUUUUUUUUUUGCUGACCAUGUCAAGAAGCACGCUUUCACUUACACUUCCCCUUCUAAAACUUAUUUACUAUUUGGUCAUGUGAUAAACCCUCAGCGGUGCCAUUUUGAGACAUUGACCAACUUCAGGUACAUCACAGUGUACCAGAGGUGGUGUUUUCUUUCUUGGUUUGGUCGUGAGUUGAAUUCUCUGAUGAAAACAGCAGGUUCAACUUCCUGUACACGUGAAGUCAGCAUACAGAUGAACUGUGGUUAGGUGGUUUUACUGAACCAGCAAGGUCACGUGUUUCCAGUCUGCGUAGCACAUGCAAUGCAUGCAUCUCAAUCCUGCCAGACAUCGUGAUUGUUUCUUCUUUUUAAUCAUUCCCCUUAUUAAUCAUAGUAAAUCUGAAAUGUCCCCUUUCCGAACUGUUUCCACCUCUUAAAGCCACAACAUCCUCUUUUCGCUCAUAAUUUUGUGUAGUAGCCAGAACUCCCUUAAAAACUAGAGAGGAGAUUCUUCACCUUUCUGUCUCGAUUUUUUUGGUGGGGUUUUUUGUCAUCACGUCCCUCAAUGCAAGGAUAAAUUGCAGAACUGCAUCCUAGGAAUAUUUGUGGAAAUAAAAUUCUUUCUCGCUCCUGUUAUUCACAGACUGAAGCAUAACCUCGUUUUUUCUUUUUCCUUUCUUUUUCCAUCAACAAAUCAUCAGCGGUGUUGGCACAACACCUUACUUGAUGGGGAGCCGACUCGUCGAGCUGACAAAUUAGAGACCCCUCAGCAAGAAAAUUCAUCCGUGUUUCCUCUGUUUGUUGUUCUUGCCUGUCUGGCAGUUGUCUCCUUAGAUGAUUAUCAAACCCACAGGCACUCCUCACACAAUCCUGUGUGUCUCACUGAUACAGGUCUGAACAAGUCCAAAGGAGAGGCCUCUGGAAUGAAGCUAAAUAAGCUGUGCAAGUUUUGUGAUAUACAGCCAACUAACUGCUCGGGUAAAGGGAACUGUAAGGUGGAGUGUGGCAUUACAUCUAUUUGCCCCCAAAAAGAAGACGUGUGUGUCAGUAUUUGGAGGAAGAAAGAUGGCAACGUCACCUUUGAUACAGUAUGCCACAACCCAGCUGAAAAACUGUACGGCCUAGUCUUGAAGGACUACAACAACAGCGAGUGUGAAAUGAAAGAGCUGAGUGGCAUGGGCUCAAAGUUCUUCAUCUGUUCAUGCUCUGAGGAUGAAUGCAAUGAGCGCGUCUUUUUUGACCCAAGGCCCACAGAACCACAGGUGAUGGCUGUUAUCUUAGUAAGCCUGGUGCCUCUCCUGGUUAUGGCUACCGUGGUGAUCACUUUCUUCUACUUCUACCGCGUGUGCCGCCAGCGCAAUGCCCACUGCAGACGCAAGAAAGGUUCUCCGCUGGAAAUCGACCCACUCGUCAUUAUAGAAGAAGACAGCAGCUCCACGCACGCCAACAGCCUCAAUCACAACACUGAGCUGCUGCCCAUCGAGCUGGACGUGCAGGUUGGAAAAGGGCGCUUUGCAGAAGUUUACAAAGCCAAGCUGAAGCAGGGCUCCUCUGUUAGCGUGGAGCAGAACUUUGAGACUGUAGCAAUUAAAAUUUUCUCAAACGAGGAGUAUCCAUCCUGGAAGAACGAGAAGGACAUUUUCUCAGAUGCGGAUUUGACGCAUGAGAAUGUGCUUCACUUCCUGACAGCAGAGGACAGGAAGGAGCAGAGACAGUACUGGCUGAUCACAGCUUAUCAUCCACGAGGGAAUCUCCAGGAGUACCUGACUCAUAAUAUUAUCAGCUGGCAUGACCUGUGGCUGCUCGGGGGUUCGCUAGCCCGUGGAGUGGCACACCUUCACAGCGACCGCACCCCCUGCGGUCGCUCCAAGGUGCCUAUCGCACACAGGGACAUUAAGAGCUCCAACAUACUGGUGAAAAAUGACUUGACCUGCUGCCUGUGUGAUUUUGGCCUUGCACUUCGGCUGGACAACUCUCUGUCUGUGGAUGAGCUGGCCAACAGUGGGCAGGUGGGCACUGCCAGGUACAUGGCCCCCGAGGUGUUGGAGUCCAGAAUCAACCUAGAAAACAUUGAGUCUUUCAAACAAGCCGAUGUUUAUUCCAUGGCUCUCGUACUGUGGGAGAUCAUCUCAAGGUGUAGUGCAAUUGGAGACGUGAAAGCAUACGAGCCACCGUUUGGAAACCUGAGGGAACACCCGUGUGUAGAGAGCAUGAAGGACAGCGUCCUCAGGGACAGAGGAAGACCUGAGAUCCCCAACAGCUGGACCAACCACUCGGGCAUCCAGAUGUUGUGUGCCUCCAUUGAGGACUGCUGGGACCACGACCCGGAGGCCCGUCUCACCGCCCAUUGUGUUGCUGAGCGCUUCAAUGGCAUGGAGUACCUGGACAAGCUGUCAGAUUGCUCUGACUCAGAGGAGAAAAUCCCUGAAGAAAUCUUUGUAGUGGAUGAAAAGUAAACGCUUAACAGAAACACUGCCCCCUGCAGGGUGACUGAGGCAUUUUACCAAGCUGCUGAGGGGAAAAGGAAUAUGAGUGGAGGCAUUUGAAAUGUAGAUGAAAGUGAACUGUUUCCAGAGGUGGGCUUACAUAUUCUGGAUUAAGUCAUAAACAAAAAGGGCGCUCACAUUAUAAAGCUUUUUUUUUUUUUUUUUUGACCAAAUACUAUUUGCACUUUAUAAACAUCUAUGCACACCAAACUAUAUAUAUGUUGUGUCUUAUUUGUUUUGACUUUUCAGGUAUAGGAAAUAAACAGACUGCAAAUGUAUUAAAAAUGGGGCAAGACUGAGGAAAUAUUAAGACACUAAGAUCUCCUGCAGCUGCCUUGUUUUUCGAAGUGGCCAGGUGGUCUUGGAUCAAAGUCAAAUGACCUGAAUGAAGCAACAUUCAAGGUGCUAAUAGAACCUCUGGCAAGAAGUGGAAAUUAUUCACGGCAAAGAAGUAGGGGGAAAAACAUCCAAAGAAGUAAUCUGCAGGGAUAGCUGAUCUCAUAUCUCAAGGACUAUGAAAUGUAAAAUAAAGACAGCAAAAUCAUUCUGAAAGGAGAAAGGAAACUGAGAUAUACAGAGGUAGGUGUGUCUGAGAGGGGGGGGGCAUUUUACUCAGAGGACUAAACUGAAAAAGGAAGUCUGUUUAAUAAGACAAAGAGAAUAAAAGGAAUGCAGAGGUGUAUUAAGGACUCCAAACUGGAACAUCCAGUCACUGUCUAUAUGUUAUAAAAGCUGAACUUUUUGUUUGUUUUUUAUACUGAGAAGGGAAUUCUGAUCUGCUCAGAAAUUAUCUGUAUCAAAGGAAUUUUUGUAUAGAAAUCAUUAUUAAAAACGUUACUGUGCUCUCUGUUUGAA